CAUUUGAUUUUUUCGGCUGUCAUUUAAACUCUCGUCGUCUUCAUUUCUGCCCUUUCUUAAUUGGAUUUUAUUCAACAUGGAUUUGGAUAAUUGUGCCACGCCAACUUGCCAGCAAGAGUGCAAAAUUCCCCGGAACAAGAGUAUCCCUGAUCCGGUGGCUCCUGCGAGUAAUUGUCCCUUGCCGAGCGCAGCCAGUGGCGGUGAAAGCGACGAGCACUUGCGCAAAAUCUUCAUUGGCGGCUUAUCCACCCAGACUACAGUGGAUGGCUUGCGCGAAUUCUUCAGGCAAUUUGGAGCCGUGGCCGAUGCGGUGGUCAUGCGCGAUCCGGUGAGCAACCACUCAAGGGGCUUUGGGUUCGUUACCUAUGUGGAUCCCAAAUCCGUCGAAAAUGUCCAAAAGAGCCGACCACAUACCCUUGAUAACAAGGCUGUAGAGACCAAGCCCGCUCUGCCGCGUCACGAGUUUAACAAACCGGGAGGAGGUCGUGGUGCAAGUGUAGCAAAUGGUGGACUUGGACUCGGUGGCGGCAAGUCGAACAAGAUCUUUUUAGGCGGUCUAAAGGACUGUCACGAUGAGAAAACCAUUCGCGAAUACUUUUCGCAGUUUGGCGGAGUCGCCAGCGUGAAAUUGCUAAUGGACAAGGACACUGGGCGUAAACGAGGAUUUGGAUUCCUUGAGUUCGAGGACCCAUUGAGUGCCGAGCGGGCUUUGGCUCAGGGCAUGCACUCGAUCAAUCUGACCACGGUGGAGGUGAAGAAGUCCACCCAGAAGCCCGAUCCCGGCAAGCGCCUGCGGUUCCCCAUUUCCGGCUCCAUCCGUGCCGGCUACAUUCCGCCGCAACCGGCCACAAUGGAUGGCUAUAGCUUGAACAACAACUACAAUCCAUACCUGGUGCAGUCCGUCCUGCCCCCGUCGGCCUUCAUCAAUGGCUGGGCUUCCUAUGUGACUCCAGUGGUUCCAGCAACUCCACCCGGCCACUAUGCCGCCCAUGCCCUUUCGCAGCAUCCGCAGCCGGUGCACGCAUUCACCGGAUAUGGUCCAGAUGGCUGGUCCUCCUACCCGAAACCUGGGAAAUAUGCUGCCCAGGAAUGGUCACCCAGCAAGGUGGGCGAAUGGCCGCCAAAGGCUGGGCACAAACAUGCCCAAACAUCGACCAGCGAUCGUCCCAAGAACGAUUUCAAGCCGGCCGUUCAGGUUACUCCUUCGGUCGCCAAGUUGGAUCUUGGUGCCAGGGGCGAUGCAGAUGGCGGAUCGAAUGGAAUGGGGCUGGGUUUGGGACUGACAGCGGGAGCAGCUGUUGGAAUUGGAGCUAUUAAGAAGUGGCCAACCGAUGACUACAAGCCCGCUCAAGGUCUAACCGAUGGCCUGAACCCAAAAAUUGGCAACGGGGGUUCGCCACCAGCUUAUGGAGUCUAA